GAGGCCAGUCAUGUCUCAAAGUUCUUCUGGAGUAGUUCCUACUAUCCAAUAAUUUUACCCAAAGUGAUUUACUUCUGCAAGUCUAAUAACCAUACAACAGAAUAACACAAUGAAGGAUGAUUUAAUAAAUUACACAGAAGAGGAACCACCUAAUCCUAAAUCUGCAAGUAAUAGCUAUGGCAGUACUGCUUUCCAACAUGAUGAAAAACCUGAGCAAAAUGACGAGUUAAAGAAGAACAAGAAAAAAAAGAAAAAUGAGGAGUCAAAGGAAAAGAUGGUUGGCAUUUUGAAAUUGUUUGCGUAUGCCGAUUGGCUGGAUAUCAUUUUGAUGAUAAUAGGCUUGAUUGCAGCUGUUGCAAAUGGAACAGGGCUGCCACUCGUUAUCGUUGUCACUGGAGAGAUGACAAACAGCUUUGUGACGAUUGGCCAAGCAGUAAAUGUAUCUUCAGUGGUUAAAUAUCAUAAUAUGGUAUUAUUCUCUGUUGUCUAUGGCACAUUCUCUCUCGGACAGGGCUCCCUACACUUGGAGAGUGUUGCCAGUGCUCGAGGUGCUGCCUAUGAAGUGUACAAGGUCAUCAGUAAGAUGAUCAUCUCAUUAACCAGUAAGGAGUUAACAGCCUAUGCCAAAGCAGGCGCAAUAGCAGAAGAAGUCCUGUCAUCAGUGCGAACUGUUGUAGCCUUUGGAGGACAAGAGAAGGAAAUCAAUAGGUCUGACUCUCUCAAUAGUUAA